AUGGAGGUAAUUCAUGGCAGGCCCUACUGUUGCAGAGAGCUUGAAGGAGCUGACCUAUUGUCAAACACCUUUUACUCUAAUGAAUUGCACACUCCAUUACAAACAGCUACUCGCCCAACUGCCUCCGAGGACAGAUAUCAGGAAUUAAGGGAGUCAUUCCAACAAUGUAGACUUCCAUGGGGUGCUGACAGAGAAUAUGGUGGGGUAAUACCCAUUUCACUCCCUGAGGAGCACAGGCCAAAAUGUGAACCUCCUCAUGUCAUGGGCAAAGGACAUCAGCAUUAUGGAUUUGGUGGAGAAACCUGGCCAAGAAAACUUCCUAUUGAACAAUUCUAUUAUUUGACACAGAACAAAAAAAGUGACAUCUAUGGAAAUGAUUCUUUGAUGCCCAAACCACCUAAUGCAACAGUACAAGAAACCUGCUUCCCAUAUCCGAUUGAACACCCCUACCACACACACAUCUCACGUGGUGCCAUGUUCCCGACCUUUACAUCACCUAAGGAUCCUUACACUGGCAUUAAAGCCCGAAGCCAACGGCCGUUUCCUCCCACUGUGCCAACGAAGGCUUACGAUACGACGAUUUUGAAAACAAGAGGUAACCCUUACAGAUAUGAACUGCUUGAUUUUCCAAUGGAUUCAAAGAAGAAAGCCUUGAAUUGGCCAGGUCAGGGUGUAUAUUAUGAUUUUCCUAAAUGUGUUGGAAACAACAAGCCAGUGUUCUACCCAAAACCUCCUAAAACCUUCGCUCCUAACACUUCUUUAAAUUCGUGGGACCCGAUUAACUCUCUAAAAGAAGCCAAUAUACAAAGAAAUCUUGAGAGGUCCCACUGGAUCACUUCAUAUGCUCAUGAUUUUACAGGUCUGGGGCCCAUGAACCCCCUUGAACUGGAUGAUUACCAUGAAAAGGAGAGAGCAGAGUUAACUGGACAGAUAGGAUUUGACCCAGAGCCUCAAGAAAAAUUCCAUCCUGUCUUAAAACCUCCAAGACCCCUAGCAGGACGAAUUGCUCGACUGAUGCAGAACCGACGGCCUCUGGAGGCUGUUGUCCAGCAGAGACCACAUUCCUGUCCAGAUUGUACCCCUAGAGUUUUGUGUAAUUUUCAUACCUUUGUACCCAGUUCUACAGAAAUGAUGGCACUUAGUGAUAACACACUGGCAGGUGUCACCCAUAAAAAACAGGAAAUUGAAGACAAGAUUAAGGAAGAACAAAGUUUGCUAUCUACCUAUGCAUCCCCACCUUGUUACCCAACAAGAGAUCUGACUAACGUUUGCAACAUAAAAAUAUCUCCAAAAAUCACAGAUACUAAGAAGAUAAAAGAUUUGUACUGGAGACAGCUGGCAUUAAAACCCCAACCUAUACCUUGCUAUAGCCCAAACCAUUACAUUCAGUAUGAGCAUCUAAAACCUGCCAUAUGUGACCCGUGUACUAUGUGUCAAAACUCUGUUAGCUUUAGUAAGCCUACUAUUUUAGAAAGUAAACCAGACUUGGAAGCUUUUGAUUUUGAACAUUUUUUAAGUAAGCCAGAAGAAAGGCUGACCUUGAACACAGAAAACAAUGAGGAGACAAGACCCAUUCUGGGUUGGAUUCCUAGAGCUGGAGUGGCCAAGCCUCAGACUGACCUGCUAGGGCUUAAGAACUCUUUUUCAAAAACUGGUGCACAAAAACGUUUCCAUAAAUCAAUUCUAGAAGACCAUAAAGACCUCAGGGAUAAGGAGCAUUCAGGGAUGAAACACCAAUUCUAUGGCUAUAAUUCCUAUUAUUUCUAUAAUUGA